AUUGUGGGAUAGAGAUGACCAUCACCGGAUCAGGGCAUAUCCUCGUGAUCAUAGGAACUAAUAACCAAGGGAGGUUUAAUGUGUCACUGAAACAAGACAAGGACAGUUGCAUCAUUCCCCCACCAAAUCUUAGGAUACGAUACACAGAUUGUGAUAAACCUACAGAUUCCAUAUGUGCGGCAAAUACGUUGGAACUCGAAGACAAAUUUAAAAGAGAAAGACUUACUCAGGCUAAGCUAUGUGUGUUAUUACGUGUCUACCUUUUAACGAGAGGCAGUACAGAAAUGAACACAAUUAUUUUGACUCCAAGGAUAGGACAAACUCCAUUUCUCGCGAACCUUCUGAUGCAGCAACAACCAAACUAUGAAUCCUCAUUUCUGAAUACUUAUCAUAAGGGUGAAGUAUUAUGGUUUCCGACUAUGGAGAAUUUAAGUAAAAAUCAAACAGUUCAUUAUACUCUGCAUAAUGAAUCAUCAAAAAUGGUGUACAUCUGGAUUUCUAAAGAUGCAGUUCGAUCUUUAUUCGAAGGUAUUCAAAGACAUGGAAUGCUCCACUAUAAAAUCACCCCUGAGAAGCUUUUUCCUGGAAAUCCGGGAUUGAAUACUUCGUGUGCCGAGGGUGUUUGUGUCGGACGCCUAGUACCAGAGCUCGAAGAGAAAUAUCCCAAUCAAUAUAUGGACUUGGACAUCUACAGUGUGGAGACCCCAAACGUGACAUUUGAGAAGAAUUUGGCGGUCUUGACGUUCUAUACAGUAAUGUUUGUAUACAUUCGGCAUCCAGCACGUAGUACUUCAAUACCAAUUGCCAAAUUGGAUGGAAGUGUUGAUAUACGAAUCAAAGUCUUUAUGAAUGGUUCACUUUUUCAAGGAAACAUCGUUGCGUUUGAACCAUAUCUAAAAAAGAUGGAGUCAACUGUCGAAGGCUUUGAUAUUCAGACAGUGAACUUCAUAUUAACGAGUGCAGUGGUGACAACAGUAGAACCAGUUCUUAACGAGCUCGGAAGAAAUGGAAUACCUUUACCAAUUACAGAUAGAAUAAUUUUGCAAAACAGUACUGUUGACUUAAUUGAGAACGCUAUUGUCAUAGGGAGUGAUGGCAGUUAUAAUCGAACAGAAGAUUAAAUUAUUCCAUGGAUAGAUUGAAAUAUACAGUGGCGCCUCGUUAAUCGGACACCUUGGUUCCGACCGAAAUCUUCCGUUUAAAUUAAUUGUCUAAAUAAACGAAUCAAAAAUA